AUCUCGGAAUUAAUUCACGAAAUUUCCCGAUCGAGACGAAGUCAAUCGCUGAAAUUGUCUUGUUUCUUCCCCGAAUUGAUUUGUCUGACUUUUGAUUGUCAAGAAACAAUGCAGUCUGACAUUGAUAACCCGGGGCCUUGUGUCUUCAUUUCAUUGAUCCCACAAUUUUUCUUCCCAGAAAAUGGAAAGAAAGUCACUAUUUCACACGAAUUUUUUUAUUGGGAGUCGAUUGACCUCUUGACUUCAAAGUCCAUGGGGCUCCUUCCUUGCCGUAUAACACAAAGCAAUCGGCAAUACAGUUAUCUCAAACUGAUGCUAACAGCUUCUUGAAGGAUCAACUUAUAGAAGAUUUAGCAUUUACCACAAUGGCAGAGAUAAUACCUAUUGGAACCAUUCUGGCUCUCCUCACAAGCCAGGUGAUCAAAACGGCUCAAGCUGCGAAUGAUGUGAUCUUUGAGAAGGAGAGUUUCAAGAGUCUAGCAAAGCAUCUUUUGGACAUUGAGCCUGUCUUAAAAGAACUGCAGUUACAGAAACUAAAUGAUUCCCCGGCUGCUAGACAAGCUUUAGAAUCCCUUGAAAAUGAUGUCAAGAAAGCCAAUAACUUGGUUGAGAAGUACAAGAGCCGAGCACGUUUCUACUUGCUGAUCAAGUGUAGGCAUAUCGUCAAAGAGGUGCAGGAUGUGACUAGGGAUAUUGGGAAUUCUUUAGCAGCGUUAUCCCUUGCUAAUAUUGAAGUCCUGUCCGGGAUUUCUGAUGAGGUGAAUAGGUUGCAAAAGGAGAUGCAAAGGGCAAGAUUUGAAGCUAGUCAAUCUGAGCUUCAAAUUGUUGACAGGUUAAAUCAAUGGUUAACAGAUCAGACACAUGACCAGGAGUUUGCGAAUAACAUGCUCAAGGAAAUAGCAAGGGUUGUUGGGGUGUCAGUUGAGCCAGCUGAGAUAACCAAGGAGCUUGACAAUUUCAAAAAAGAAAAAGAAGAAGCAGCUAGCAGGAAAGAAAGAGCCGAAGUUUUAUUCUUAGAACAAGUUAUUGAGCUGCUCUCUCUUGCAGAUGCUGCAAGAGAUUACGAGGAAGUCAGGAACAAAUAUUUCCAGAGGGUUAAAAUCAUAGAGCGGUAUGACCCUAGAGAAGAAUACAUCCAGCCAUUUAAAGCUUUUAUCUGUUGUAUAACCAAAGAAAUUAUGGUGGAUCCUGUUAGCCUUUGCACUGGCACUGCAUGUGAGAGAGCUGCUAUACAAGCUUGGUUUGACUUUGGGGAAAAUACUGAUCCAGAAACCGGUGAAGUACUACAAGAUUUUUCCUAUCGACCAAACCUUCAACUCAGACAGUCAAUACAGGAAUGGAAAGAACUGAACUAUUGUAUCUUUAUCAGGUCAUGCAAGGCAAAAUUACUUUCUGAUGCAGAUUCAUUUAUUGAAGAGUCUCUAGUCAAAAUCCAGAGGAUUAUGAAGGAAAAUUCAAUAAACAAAGAAUGGAUCUCAAUCGGAGGCCUUACAUAUAUUCUGGUUUCUAAACUUGGUAGUUUGAUUGAUGGAAAUCUGAAACUGAAGUUGAUUACUACAUUGAAGGAUAUCAUACAGGGGCACACAAGAAACAAGGGUAUAUUUGUUGAGAAUUCGGGUCUUGAGAACACAGUAGCAUGUUUGUGGUUGAAAACAAGCUUAUCAAAUGCUGCAGUUGAAUUGCUGUACGAAGUUCUGCAAGAUAGGCCUGGUUGGAACAUGUCCUACUGUGCAAAACUCUCCCAGCAGUGUAAUACAAUUCGCUCCCUUGUCUCCCUGCUCAAAAGAGAGGUUGGUGUGUCAGUAGAGAAAGCAGAAGAAAUCCUGUUAAAUCUUUGUGAUGAAGAUGAGGAGAACAUUAUUAAGGCUGCUAAAGAGGGCUGGUAUAAGCCUCUCGUUGAUAAGAUUAUUCAAGUGGCUUUCCUAGGUUCAGCACCUUCAAGAACAUCAACUGUGGUGGCACUUCUUGGUUUGGAACUUACUGAGGAUAAUAUCAAACUUCUUGGUGAAAAAGGAAUUAUCCCUUCUCUGCUGGAAAUGUUGUCUGGAAGCUUUGAAUCAAAAGAAAUUUCAUUAUCUGCCCUCAUCAAAUUAUCACACUGCUAUGAUAACAAGAAGCUUAUAGCUGCUGCAGGUGGGGUCCCUCUCAUCAUAAAGACGAUGUUCUCUUCCCAUUUGUACACUGCUAUCAUUGCUAAAUGCUCAGAAAUUCUUGCAAAUCUUUGCAAGAAUGGAGAUGCAAUGAAGUUCCUAGUUGAUGAAAACGGAAAUCAACUCAAAGUAGAGGUCAUCAUUGCUGACCUGUUGGCUUUACAACAGAAUCUUGACUUCUCAGACAUUGUUCGAAGGCCCGCUUUGCAGGCAUUGCUAGGAAUCUGUCAAUCUGAAGCUGGACUUAUUAAGUCCGCAGUUCUCUCUGCCAGUGGUGUUUCAGUUGUCCUACCGCUCCUCGAUGACUCUAACCAGGAAAUUAGAGAAGCAGCAAUCAGUCUUCUCUUUCUGUUCUCCCAGCAUGAACCUGAAGGAGUUGUAGAGUAUCUUCUUAAGCCCAGAAGGAUGGAGGCUUUAGUUGGGUUACUCGAGAAUGAUGUCAAGGGUGAUGUACAAAUGGCUGCAGCUGGUCUCUUGGCCAACCUUCCAAAAUCAGAGAUGUCACUCACUGAGAAGCUAAUUGAAUUAGGUGGACUCAAAGCUAUCAUAAACAUUUUAAAAUCAGGCACCAUGGAAGCAAAGGAGAAUGCCUUAAGUGCUCUUUUCAGAUUCACAGACCCCACAAAUCUUGAGUCUCAGCGUACCGUGGUUGAACUUGGUGCAUUUCCAUUGCUCAUAGACUUCCUUAAAGUUGACUCGAUAACAGCAAAAGCAAGAGCAGCCGCUCUCUUAGGCGAUCUGUCUAUGCGCAGUCAAGAACUCUCAUUCAUGUCCAGAAAAGACGGUUGUUGGUGUAUUAUUAACCGAGCUCGUGUCCCUGUAUGUCCUGCACAUGGUGGAAUCUGCAGCACAAGCAAAACAUUUUGUUUGUUGGAGGCAAAUGCUUUGCCAGAUCUCGUUAGACUUCUAAAAGGAAAAGUCCAUGCAACAGCCUACGAAGCCAUCCAAACAUUCUCGACACUAGUUCAGGAAGAAUCCCCUCACAGAGGAUCCAAUGUGCUGCAUAAAAAUGGUGCAAUUGCACCAAUAAUAGAUGUUUUGAACUGGGGAUCAGAGUCAUUGAAGGGAGAAGCUUUGGUGCUUCUGGAGAAAGUAUUGAUGUCAAGGGAAAUGGUUGACAUCUAUGGACCAACUGCAAGAAUACCGCUAUUUCGUUUGACAGGGCGCCGUAUAAAUGAGGAUGGUCAUCUCCAGAAGAAGGCAGCUAAAGUGCUGUUACUUAUUGAACGUUAUUCAAGAUCAUCAAGAUCUCUUGUUUCAGGGAUAAGUGGCUGACAACUCUGAACUGCUCCAAAUCUUACAUAACACACAAGUACAAUGUCAGGUUCUUCCCUCAACACUCUAAAAUUUGAUUAGGAUUUUGACAAUAAUAACAACAAUAAUGUUGUUGUUGUGGUUGGUUUUGUUGUUAUUGUGUAUUUUGGUCUGAGCA